AUGGCUUCUUCAGGACUGGCCUUCGUGCAAGCACAUGGGCCGGCUGUCAACGUUGGAGCAGGACGCCAUGCUCCGCUUGCGGCUCAGCGCGCGGAGCUCCCGUCGAGUUCCGCAUCUCACUUCUCCGCCUCAGCAUCGAUGGCAGCGCUUGGCGCCGUGUCCAUCUUCGCAGUUGGCGCUCGGAGGGCUGGAUCUCGACGAGUCCAAGCACGCGGCGCGCGCAUGCAAACCAAAGCGCUGCGCCAGGAAAUGGCGGCGGCGAAGACGGUUGCAAGAAAGACCCAGUGCCUUCAUCCGGACAAGCCCAUGAUGUUUGCUUGUGCUGACUGCCCGCGUCGCAACAGCAAAGCAGCAACCGAAGCGAAUGAGUUGGGCUCUGAGCCCAUGGCUGUGGCAGCCUUCGUUGGCGAGGAGGUUGCCAGCACCGCUUGCGGGUGCGCCAGAAAGACCCAAUGCCUCCAUCCGGACAAGCCCAUGAUGUUUUCUUGUGCUGACUGCCCGCGUCGCAACAGCAAGGCAGCAACCGAAGCCAACGAGUUGGACUCUGAGCCCAUGGCUGUGGCAGCCUUCGUUGGCGAGGAGGUUGCCAGCACCGCUUGCGGGUGCGCCAGAAAGACCCAAUGCCUCCAUCCGGACAAGCCCAUGAUGUUUGCUUGUGCUGAUUGCCCGCGUCGUAACAGCAAAGCAGCAACCGAAGCGAACGAGUUGGACUCUGAGCCCAUGGCUGUGGCAGCCUUCGUUGGCGAGGAGGUUGCCAGCACUGGGCGAGCCAGGAAGACCCAGUGCCUUCAUCCGGACAAGCCCAUGAUGUUUGCUUGUGCUGACUGUCCGCGUCGCAACAGCAAAGCAGCAACCGAAGCGAACGAGUUGGACUCUGAGCCCAUGGCUGUGGCAGCCUUCGUUGGAGAGGAGGUUGCCAGCACCGCUUGCGGGUGCGCCAGGAAGACCCAGUGCCUCCAUCCGGACAAGCCCAUGAUGUUUGCUUGUGCUGAUUGUCCGCGUCGCAACAGCAAGGCAGCAACCGAAGCGAACGAGUUGGACUCUGAGCCCAUGGCUGUGGCAGCCUUCGUUGGCGAGGAGGUUGCCAGCACUGGGCGAGCCAGAAAGACCCAGUGCCUUCAUCCGGACAAGCCCAUGAUGUUUUCUUGUGCUGACUGCCCGCGUCGCAACAGCAAGGCAGCAACCGAAGCCAACGAGUUGGACUCUGAGCCCAUGGCUGUGGCAGCCUUCGUUGGCGAGGAGGUUGCCAGCACCGCUUGCGGGUGCGCCAGGAAGACCCAGUGCCUUCAUCCGGACAAGCCCAUGAUGUUUGCUUGUGCUGAUUGUCCGCGUCGCAACAGCAAGGCAGCAACCGAAGCGAACGAGUUGGACUCUGAGCCCAUGGCUGUGGCAGCCUUCGUUGGCGAGGAGGUUGCCAGCACUGGGCGAGCCAGAAAGACCCAGUGCCUUCAUCAGGACAAACCCAUGAUGUUUUCUUGUGCUGACUGCCCGCGUCGCAACAGCAAGGCAGCAACCGAAGCCAACGAGUUGGACUCUGAGCCCAUGGCUGUGGCAGCCUUCGUUGGCGAGGAGGUUGCCAGCACCGCUUGCGGGUGCGCCAGAAAGACCCAAUGCCUCCAUCCGGACAAGCCCAUGAUGUUUGCUUGUGCUGACUGUCCGCGUCGCAACAGCAAAGCAGCAACCGAAGCGAACGAGUUGGACUCUGAGCCCAUGGCUGUGGCAGCCUUCGUUGGCGAGGAGGUUGCCAGCACUGGGCGAGCCAGGAAGACCCAGUGCCUUCAUCCGGACAAGCCCAUGAUGUUUGCUUGUGCUGACUGUCCACGCCGCACCAGCUGA